AUGCUAGUCUUUGAAGUGAAUAAGUUUGCAGCUCUUGGAGCCAUGGUCAUUACCCCGGUCAUUUUCAUGGUGUUGCUUCAUGGCAGUGUCGUCUACUAUAAGAAAGGAACGAACGGCGACCAACGCGUAGCCCUCGUAGCAGUACUUGUGCUGGUGAUGGUCGCCAUGGCAAUGGCAGACCCCGACCCCGGAUAUGGGAAAGGGCAUGGCGGCUAUGGACACGGAGGGUACGGCAAGGGCCACGGCCAUGGAGGAUACGGUAAAGGCCAUGGACAUGGAGGGUAUGGUAAGGGCCAUGGCCAUGGUGGAUACGGCAAAGGACAUGGCCAUGGCGGAUACGGCAAAGGACAUGGCGGAGGUUACGGGCACGGAGGAUAUGGCAAAGGUCACGGCGGAGGUUAUGGACAUGGAGGGUUAUCAUUAGCAGCAGAGAACUACACCUCCGUGAUGUAA